CGGCUGUAACCAUGACGACGCUCUUCUUCCAGGUCCACUCGUCCGUCCGGCUGCUCCAUAGCCUUUGUGGUCGCUCUCCUCUCACCUGAUCGCGUUUGCUCCUCCCCCUUGGUCCUCCGCUGUCGCCAUGACGACCACCCUGGAGAUGCCGCCGGCUCAGCCGUUGUCUCCGAUGGCGGACGGCUGCGAGGACGCCCGCGGUCCGUACAAGGUGGUUCCGGCGGUGGUCUGCUCCAUGUGCUGCCUGUUCGGCAUCAUCUACUGCUUCUUUGGUUACCGCUGCUUUAAGGCGGUCCUGUUCCUGACGGGGCUCAUGUUCGGCUCCGUGGUCAUCUUCAUGCUCUGUUAUAAGGAGCGCGUCCUGGACACCCAGCUGAGCGUGGAGGCGUCGGCCGGCGUGGGCCUUGGCGUGGGCACCCUGUGCGGCCUGGUCACCAUGCUGGUGCGCAGCGUGGGCCUGUUCAUGGUGGGGCUCCUGCUGGGGCUGCUGGCGGCCGUGGCGGCGCUGGUGGGCAUGGAGGAGCUGUCGGACACCCCCCCCCGCUCCGUCUGGGUGCCCCUGGGCGUGCUGCUGGGCCUGGGCAUGCUGUUCGCCGUGCUGACGCUGCAGUGGCCCCGCCUCUUCACCACCCUGUCCACCGCCACCUUCGGGGCGGCCGUCAUCACCGUGGCCUUGGACUACUUCGUGGAGCUGUUCGGCCUGGUGCUCUACGUGUACGAGCGCGUCAAGGCGGCGCCCGCCACCAAACCCGUGUGUUGGCUGACGUGGGCGGUGCUGUGGGUGUGGCCCGCCCUCACCCUGCUGGGGGUGGCGGUCCAGUGGAAGGUGACGGCCGAGGGAUACUCCCACACCAAGGUGAUCAUCAGCCGACAGCAGAGGAGGAUGCAGGUCAUGCGGAUCCGCCAGCGGGACGACCGCUACCGCAACAACAAGAAGAAGAAGAAGCAGCAGCAGCACGGAGGCUCCGCCCACAACCACCAGGCCAAGGUGCUCCACGCAGAGCCCGCCUACCGACGCAAGCCCAACCCCAUCCGCCGAUACGACACCGACGUCCUGUCACCGAGUUACAUCCAGAGCUUUCGGGACCGGCAGGUUCAGGCCCAGCCCUUCCCAGGUCGGCUGGUGGGCGGUCCUCACGCUGUGGUGGGCGGUCCUCACGCCGUGGUGGACGUCGGAUACAAUUGUGGCUCCACCCCCCCCCUCACCGGGGCGGCAGGACCCCCGCUCCGGGUCUGACCCCGCCCCCUCCUUGAAUCACUGCCCCGUCACUGGGUUUCAAUGCAAACACAGUCUGGAGUUAGCCACGCCCCCUAAGAGUAUGACCAUGGGAUUAGGGCUGGAUUUACCCAUAAUGCAAAGCACCUUUAACCCUUUCCAGUCAGUCGUGGUGUUCACUGUCGUACAAAUGCACAAAUGCAUGCACGCACACAAACACACACGCCAUCUUAAGGGCCAGCGUGGGAACCCGACGCAGCCUGAUGUCCCGCCCCCAGCCUGUACAUCACCGGCUUAAGCCCCACCCACAUCAGGGAUCGGUGUCUCAGUGCAAACCCACCUCAGGUUCUAGGGGGAUGGGGGGGCAGUCAAAGGCCUUUCCACGUCAACAGGCAUCCUCCAUGUUCUAUGUGUGCCAUCUGGACCGGAGCCCCGCCCCCCCACCCCCAAAGGGGUGUGGUCUUCACCCUCGGUGCUGGACGAUAACACUUAUUCCAAUGGGGACUCUGUUUGUUUUAACGGGUGCCUUGCCCCUCGUCGGACUGGACUGACCCCCCAGCUAAGGGGGGGGGGGGGGGGGCAGAUCCCCAUUAGUGGCUUGUCUUUGCAUUAAAUGGGGUCAGGGGGAGGAGCUUAAUUUGGGGUUUAGCUACAGAGCUACAACACACAGUGUUAAACGACGAAGUCGAUGGUGGUCUUCACAGAUGACGGCUUCAUUUACACUGACACCCGUUUGACUCCAGUUUAACUCCAGUUUAACCCCAGUUUGACUCCGGUUUAACUCCAGUUUAACCCCAGUUUGACUCCGGUUUAACCCCAGUUUGACUCCGGUUUAACUCCGGUUUGACUCCAGUUUGACUGCAGUUUGACUUCAGUUUAACUCCAGUUUGACUCCAGUUUGACUUCAGUUUAACUCCAGUUUAACUCCAGUUUGACUUCAGUUUAACUCCAGUUUGAUUCCAGUUUGACUCCAGUUUAACUCCAGUUUGACUUCAGUUUGAUUCCAGUUUAACUCCAGUUUAACUCCGGUUUAACUCCAGUUUGACUCCGGUUUGACUCCGGUUUAACUCCGGUUUGACUCCGGUUUAACUCUGGUUUGACUCCGGUUUGACUCCAGUUUAACUCCAGUUUGACUUCAGUUUAACUCCAGUUUAACUCCAGUUUGACUUCAGUUUAACUCCAGUUUGAUUCCAGUUUGACUCCAGUUUAACUCCAGUUUGACUUCAGUUUGAUUCCAGUUUAACUCCAGUUUAACUCCGGUUUAACUCCAGUUUGACUCCGGUUUGACUCCGGUUUAACUCCGGUUUGACUCCGGUUUAACUCUGGUUUGACUCCGGUUUGACUCCAGUUUAACUCCGGUUUGACUCCGGUUUAACUCUGGUUUGACUCCGGUUUGACUCCAGUUUAACUCCAGUUUGACUUCAGUUUAACUCCAGUUUAACUCCAGUUUGACUUCAGUUUAACUCCAGUUUGAUUCCAGUUUGACUCCAGUUUAACUCCAGUUUGACUUCAGUUUGAUUCCAGUUUAACUCCAGUUUAACUCCAGUUUAACUCCAGUUUGACUUCAGUUUAACUCCAGUUUGAUUCCAGUUUGACUCCAGUUUAACUCCAGUUUGACUUCAGUUUGAUUCCAGUUUAACUCCAGUUUAACUCCGGUUUAACUCCAGUUUGACUCCGGUUUGACUCCGGUUUAACUCCGGUUUGACUCCGGUUUAACUCUGGUUUGACUCCGGUUUGACUCCAGUUUAACUCCAGUUUGACUUCAGUUUAACUCCAGUUUAACUCCAGUUUGACUUCAGUUUAACUCCAGUUUGAUUCCAGUUUGACUCCAGUUUAACUCCAGUUUGACUUCAGUUUGAUUCCAGUUUAACUCCAGUUUAACUCCGGUUUAACUCCAGUUUGACUCCGGUUUGACUCCGGUUUAACUCCGGUUUGACUCCGGUUUAACUCUGGUUUGACUCCGGUUUGACUCCAGUUUAACUCCGGUUUGACUCCGGUUUAACUCUGGUUUGACUCCGGUUUGACUCCAGUUUAACUCCAGUUUGACUUCAGUUUAACUCCAGUUUAACUCCAGUUUGACUUCAGUUUAACUCCAGUUUGAUUCCAGUUUGACUCCAGUUUAACUCCAGUUUGACUUCAGUUUGAUUCCAGUUUAACUCCAGUUUAACUCCGGUUUAACUCCAGUUUGACUCCGGUUUGACUCCGGUUUAACUCCGGUUUGACUCCGGUUUAACUCUGGUUUGACUCCGGUUUGACUCCGGUUUAACUCUGGUUUGACUCCGGUUUGACUCCAGUUUAAGUCCGGUUUGACUCCGGUUUAACUCCAGUU